AUGGCCGUCGAUCAUGAUGCCGAGCCGCUCCUGGAAGAGGGACGGCUCCAUGAAGAUCAGGUAUAUACCUUAGAUGAGGAUGCUGCGUAUGUGCUACCACAGCAGCGGCGGUACUUGUACGCCCCCAUCUCGUAUGAGCAGGCGAUGCGGCCCCAUCGUCCGAUGUGGCAUCCCCUCUAUUGGUACGACCUCGCGCGUGAAAACAGCCACGUAUUCGAUAUGUUCCGUCCGUCAGAUCGCGUGAAGUGGGUAUGGGAUCGAACUACGUCAGUGCUUACUGUGCUGUGGCCGCACAGUCGCAUUCAUCAGACCAUCCUUAUCAUUCUUGGAUUGUGGGUGUUGCUGAGCUAUGCCAACUGGUCCGUGAGCCAAGUCCUUCCACGCUCGCCCCUGGAUGGCUAUGACUACUGGAGCUUCCAUGACAAGCUGCGGCAUGACUUGGCCAACGUCCACUUGGCGCCACGCCCAGGCGAUGGCCUUGUGGACCAAAAUGCGACAUGGUCCUUCCUCUUUUGCUACAGCACAGGCGAACCUCUACGCUACAUUGACGCCAUUCGGUGCAAGAACCGCGCGAACUUUACCUUGGAACCGUUCCCGCAAGACAAUUCCCUCUCUUCCACGGAUCACUCGUACCUGUUUGUGAACCCUGUCAUUGCCGAAGCACAGGAAUGGUACCCACGGACAGUCGCCAAGCCUGUCAUUACGGACGAAAUGCUGGAGCGCAGUGCACCCAUGCCACCAGCCUACGUGUACAUGGUAAAGCAUGCAGUGCCUGAUCCGAGCGAUGAAAUCGCGUCCAAAAUUCACGUGUACAUCACAGCCACGUACGAUAAAGAAGCUGUGCCGAUGCUUCAGCGCGCGAUGGUAGCUAAACUCUCCCAUGGACUCACAUCGAGUGGAGUAGAGAUCCUCACUGCUCGCAAUCCAGAGUACGGCAGUUUCGUGGCAGAAAAUCACAAUCCGCUCGAGUUUGAUAUUGUGGUCUCCUUCCCCGAGACACAGCCAGUGUCUGGCUUUGUGACAGAUAUUCGCGAGGGCUUUGUGGAAGCCUUUACCGAGAAAGCGUACGAACGUGCGCGUGAAUUGCAUCACGAGGCUUCGUUGGAGUUCGGCAAAGGGUCCUGGUCGCUGUUCGGUGGGCCCAUGAAACUUAAGCCGAAGGAGGCUACCCCGGAAGAGCAGGCAGAAAUGCGGCGCCUGCGUGACAUUGAGCAAUUCUUUGGCCGAUUUACGUCGUAUGUCCAGUAUGGUACAAUUCAUCUGGGUGGUGUCGUGCGUGCCCACUCAGAAAUCAUCGCCAAGACGCUGCAUGGCUCCAUUGCCAGCAGUGCGAAGCUCAUGGCACAAUACGUGUACAUGUGGACACACAAGGGCCCAGUGACGCUGCAUCAACGCUCCUUCACAUCUGGUCAUUUACAAACACAUCUGUCCUCCAAUCGCGACUCUAUCGAAGCGUAUGAAGAUGCCCACAUUUUUGGCUCGAAGACCAGUGUCAAGAGCGUGCAUGGUAAUAUCAAGGGUCCGGCUCUGUACCACGCGAACUUUUCUCUCGAAAUGACCACAGACUACGGCAUGGUCGAGGCGCGUGUCUCUGUGGAAAAGCCCAUGUUGGUCGACGUUUCCUAUGAUGACUUUUUGCACGCCGAGGAAGGGCGGCGUGUCGAAGCCACUCUGCAGGCGCGCGAUGGCCACGUCUACUUGGACGUGGUCUCCCAACAGGCCGGUGUGCCCUUCCGCGCUGAAGUACACAGUGACAAGGACGAAGUGGAAGUCCACCUGCCGGCAGAAUACGAAGGGAUCCUCCACGUGCAAGGCACCGAAGUGCAAUUGCCUCCGCCACCCACGGCACAGGGCCGGCAUUGGGAGCCAAUGGAUGUGAAAACCACUGCACCUUUAGCGGCGGCCCAGGCGCGUGUGUACUAUGACGAAACAGCGCGUGGACCUGCUCCCCCCACACCUCCCUCAACACCUGUGCAUCUCGAGCCAGGCAAAACACCCAUUGACUAUGGUGCUUCUGUCACAGCCUAUUCGGCAGAACAGCAAGCCAAGAUUCUUAUUACGUAA